AUGCAGACUGAAUCUGAAAUCUUAGUUUCAGGAUUAAACAGUGAACAAUUAUAUGCUUUCACAGCUAUUACAGAAACUGUUUUAUCAAACAAACCAGGUUUUUUUUUGUAUCAGGAUACGGUGGCACAGCUUGAGUAUUUGAAAGAUCGUGCCAUAUUAACUCCUACUAAUGAUAUAGUUGAUUCCAUAAAUGAAUACAUUGUGUCUCUUAUCCCUGAAGAGACAAAAGAGUAUUUAAGCUGUGACAAAGUCAUCAAAGCUCCCAAUACUCAUGAAUCUUAUGACCUUUUAUAUCCUGUUGAAUUUUUGAAUACAUUGAAUGGAAAUAGCUUUCCACAACAUCGAAUAGUCCUAAAAAAGGGUACACCAAUUAUGCUUCUCAGAAAUCUGAACCAAUCAGAAGGUCUAUGCAACGGUACAAGAUUAAUUAUAACAUCUUUGGGUGACAAAGUUAUUGAAGGUCAGAUAAUGACAGGUACUCAUAAAUCAAAAAUUGUGAUAAUACCUCGUAUAUCAUUGACAUUAAAGAAUACAAGAUGGCCAUUUGUUCUACAAAGACGCCAAUACCCUAUAAAGGUAUGCUAUGCAAUGACAAUUAAUAAGAGCCAAGGACAAACACUUUCAAAAGUUGGGGUAUAUCUGAAGAAACCAGUUUUCACACAUGGGCAAUUAUAUGUUGCAAUAUCAAGAGUUACAUCACAAAAUGGUCUUUUUAUCCUUAUCGAAGAUGAUUCAGGCAAUUGCAGUACUAAGACUCGAAACAUAGUGUACAAAGAGGUCUUCACACGUAUUACUAUACAAGGCAUUGAUGGAUAA